AUGUUUGCUCAUAACCCAGAACUCAAGAAUAUAUUCAAUAUGUCAAACCAACGUUCGGGAGGCCAACCACAAGCAUUGUUUGACUCGCUCUGUGCCUAUGCCGUCAACAUUGAAAACCUCGGAGCAUUGUUGCCAGCCGUCGAAAGAAUUGCUCAAAAGCAUUGCAGCUUCAACAUCACACCAGAGAUGUAUUCCAUUGUCGGUUUGCAUCUACUCGAAACCAUCAGAGAAGAGUUCAACCCAGGUGAAGAAAUCCUCAACGCAUGGGGUGACGCCUACAAGGUUUUGGCAGACGUUUUCAUCAAGCGAGAGGAACAACUCUACUCUGAAGCCGAAAAGAUGGUUGGUGGAUGGAGAGGUACACGUGAAUUCACCAUUGUCAAAAAGGAAAAGCAAAGUGAUGCCAUCACUAGUUUCCUUCUCAAGCCAGUCGACGGAGGCAAAGUCGUAUCAUACCAACCCGGCCAAUACUUGGGUGUCUACAUUGACCAUCCAUCGUUUGAAAACCGAGAGAUUCGCCACUAUUCUUUGACCCUCGAACCAAACACCGAAUACUAUAGAAUCGCAGUCAAAAAGGAACAAGAUGGAAGAGUGUCAUCUUUUCUACACGAAGUUGCCAAAGACGGUGAUGUGAUCAAGGCAGCUGCCCCACGUGGUGAUUUCUUCCUCAAUGCCUCGUCGAUCACAUCCAACACUCCAGUCACACUCAUCUCUGGUGGUGUUGGUCAAACGCCACUCUUGUCGAUGCUCCAUUACCUCCAAACCAGCCAACACCAGGGCCAAGUCAACUGGGUCCACGCUGCCCAAAACCUAUCCACCCGUGCAUUCAACGAAGAAGUUGAAAAGAUUGGUGCCACUCUUCCAAAGUUUAAGAGCUUCCAAUUCUUGAGCGAGGUUUCUCCAAGUGCUCUCCAAGUCGACAAUACCUUUGCUGGUCGUAUCAACCUUUCACAACUCGAUAAGGAUCUCAUCAAACAAGAUGAUAUGCACUACUAUACCUGUGGUCCAGUAGGAUUUAUGCAAGAAGUAGCCAAGCAACUCUUAUCUAUGGGUGUACCAGUCUCUAAUAUUCAUUACGAAUUAUUUGGUCCACAUAAAGUUAUCUAG